AUGAUCAUGGAUAGAUACAUGAGAGAUGUUAGCAUUCUUCUGCUUGUGUUUCUCACUACAAUCCAAACUUUUUAUAUUAUCUUUUGCAGUGGAAACUCUCAUAUGUUUUGUGUUGAAAAUGAGAGACAAACCCUUUUGAGGUUCAAACAAAGUUUUAAUGAUCCUUCCAACCGGCUAUCCUCUUGGGCUGGUGAAGGCGACUGCUGCAAAUGGGUUGGAGUUGUCUGCGACAACUUGACUGGCAAUGUCAAGGAGCUCCACCUUCAAAAUCCACUUUCGGAUAGUGUUUCUGCUACUGAACAUAAAGCUUAUGUGAGGUCACAGCUGGGUGGUAAGCUGAACCCUUCCUUGCUCAACCUGAAGCAUUUGAGUUACUUGGACCUCAGCAACAACAAUUUUGGAGGAAUUCAAAUUCCAAGCUUCAUCGGCUCUUUGGGGAGUUUAAGAUAUCUUAAUCUCUCCAAAGCAAGAUUUGGGGGAGUGAUCCCAUAUCAACUUGGGAACAUCUCGAGUUUGCACUACCUCGAUCUUGAGGGAGAUUUUGAGGGCUUAAUUCCCCAUCAACUGGGAAACCUCUCCAGUUUGCAUUACCUUGUACUUGGGGGUGGUGAUUUUGGAAGACUAUAUCCGAUAAUCUUCAAUGGCUUUCUCGUCAUUCCUUGUUGCAGCACCUUGAUUUGA